UGUUAUUUACUUGGUCGUUCGUCAGUGGUUUUCGAGAUUUCAUCCACUAUUAGAUAUGUAACAGUUAUAUACAAAUUUUAUUUAUGAACUCCGUUAUCGAGGUAAAAUCUAAUUUGUUUUAUUUAAAAACACUCCUGUUCUGAUGGAGAUGUUAAAUAAACUGAAAAGUACUGUCAGUAGUCUAAGUACUGUGUUGCCUGGAAAUCCAGUCACAAGAGAAUAUGAAAUAGAGAAAUUAAUAGCAAGUUCUGGUCCUUCUUUAAUAUGGAAAGUGUAUAAAGGAAUUAAAAGAAGCACCAAACAGGAAGCUGCAGUAUUUGUGUUAGAAAAAAAGCAGUUAGAGAGAUAUUCUAAACAAGACCGUGAUCAUAUCUUAGAUAUUCUUAAAAAAGGAGUUUCACAGCUAACAAGGUUACGUCAUCCAAGUAUUCUUACAGUACAGCAUCCUUUGGAGGAAUCUAGAGAGAGUUUAGCAUUUGCAACAGAACCAGUCUUUGCUAGUUUAGCAAAUAUAUUGGGAAAUCAUGAAAAUCUGUGUGUUCCACCUCCAAAGGAACUUAAGGAAUUUCAGUUAUAUGACAUUGAAAUUAAAUAUGGGUUGUUGCAGGUGACCGAAGGAUUAGCAUUUUUACAUAAUGAUGUAAAAUUGUUGCAUCAUAAUAUAUGUCCAGAAUCAAUUAUUAUUAAUAAAAAUGGAGCUUGGAAAAUAUUUGGUUUUGAUUUUUGUAUACCAGCUAGUAAUCCUCAAGAUUCUCAGCCUGCAUUUUCAUUUAGGGAGGUUGAUUUUGAUAGACCCCCAAUAACACAACCACAUUUCAAUUAUAUUGCACCAGAAUAUGUAUUAACAAUGUCAUGCGAUACAGCAAGUGAUAUGUUUUCAUUGGGAGCUCUAAUGUGUGCAAUUUUUAAUAAAGGCAAUCCUAUCAUUAACAAUUAUGGUAGUUUAACUACUGUAAAAAAAAAUUUUCAUCAGUUACAGCAGCAAUCCUCUUUGAAGCUGGAUUUUGUACCUGCUGAUGUUAGAGAACAUGUAAAAAUGUUGCUGAGCACAACACCCGAAGUUAGACCUGAUGCAUUCCAAUUCUCUAAACUACAAUUUUUUGAAGAUGUUGGAGUUAAAACAUUACAGUAUUUGGAUUCUUUGUAUCAAUGGGAUAAUUUACAAAAAUCUCAUUUUUAUAAAGGCCUUCCUCAGAUUUUAACACAAAUGACAAAGCGUGUGGCUUUACAAAGAAUUCUUCCGUGUUUAGUGAAAGAAUAUGCCAAUGUAGAAAUGGUUCCUUUUGUCUUACCUAGUGUUUUACUUAUUGCCGAACAAGCUACCAAGGAAGAAUUUUGUUCUCUUAUUUUGCCAGACUUGAUACCAAUUUUCCAAAUACAAGAACCUGUUCAGAUUAUGCUGAUAUUUCUUCAAAAAAUGAAUCUGUUAUUGAACCAAUGUCCUCCAGAUGCCAUACGUAAUCAUGUAUUGCCAAUGAUUUAUUGUUCUCUUGAAGCUGAUGCACAGCAGAUUCAGGAAUUAUGUCUUAGUAUUAUACCCAGCAUUGCUGCACUAAUAGAAUAUUCGGCAAUGAAAAAUUCAUUGCUACCUCGAAUAAAGAAACUCUGUCUUCACACAAGCUAUCUAUCAGUUAGAGUCAAUUGUCUUGUAUGUAUUGGUAAUCUUUUAGAACAUUUAGAUAAAUGGUUGGUUUUAGAUGAAGUAUUACCCAUGCUGCCACAAAUACCUUCUAAAGAACCUGCUGUUUUAAUGGGAAUUUUGGGAAUAUAUAAAUUGACUAUGACUCAUAAGAAACUGGGAAUAACCAAAGACAUCAUGGCAUCUAAAGUAAUACCUUUCCUGAUGCCUUUGACUAUUGAAAAUGGACUGACUCUAAAUCAGUUCAAUGCUCUUGUGGCCGUAGUAAAAGAAAUGGUAGGCCGUGUUGAAUCUGAACAAAGGAUGAAAUUAGAACAACUAAACUCUAUUCGGCAAGAACAGAACACAAUAAACAUGUCCAAAAAUCAAUCCUUAGGUGAAAAUGAUUUAUUUGGUAAAGUUGAAACUGAUGAAAAAGCAAAGGGUGCUAUGGAGAAUAUGUUCCAAAAUCUUGGAUUAAAUGUAAACAACUGUAAUGAACAAAAUACUGUGAUCAACAAUUCACCAGUAGUAUCUUCGGUUACAUCUCAGUAUUCCUCUAAACCAUCAUUGAGUAUGGAAGAGAAAACAAGGCUUGCUUGGGAGCAGGAACAACAACAGCGACUGAAAAGUCAAGCCCCCCUCAAAUUAUCUCAACCUGCAGUGUCACUGUCCCCUCAUAAACCGAAAGAUCUCACAUCGACCCUGAUCUCCAGUAAUUUAAGUAAUUUCACAAUGACGGGAAACAUGAACUUGAACAGCACGUUUAAUCCAAUGCAGCCGGUUCUAACCCAACCAGUAUUUAGUCCCAGGAUGCCCCAACUGACCUGUGUCAAUGCCCUCUCUCCAUGCCCCACGUAUCCCAUGACUGCCGUACCGCCUCUCUCCGUGCCUCAGACAGGAAUUUACAACUACGCAACACCACAAAAGAACUUGAAUAUGUCUUCGCUGGACAAUUUGUUGCCUCAGCCAAAACAACUCCUUUCUAUGAAUCAGAUGCCAACAAGUAACAUGUUCCAAAAAUUGCCAAAUUUUACCAGAACGGAACAGACAAUCAGUUCUCCGCCACUGCAGUCUAAUGUUUCUAAGCCAGUGGCUAUCGAUGCAAAGAGUGAACUUGAUGAUCUGUUAGGAAUGUAAUUUUUCCUUUCUACGCUAAUUGUUUUAAUUUAUUCCAAAAAGUAUGAAUUAUUGAUAAUUUUUCAAAUGAAAUUCCUAUAGUACUGUGAUUAUUAAAUUGUAUCUGCUCAAAUUUAUUGAUUAAUAUAUUAAAGACUACUACGUUAUGGAGAAUUUUUGUUAUCUGUAAAUCUGGAAUUGUACAGUGUUUAUUGAAAUAAAUUUUUCUCGAAAAUCAUCAA